UCCACUUCUAAACACAGAUUCACACUCAUUAAAGUCAAAAUUUUCAAAAUAGUCGGGUGAUUGAACUUACUACAACAGGCGUCAAGGGGGUUGUGGUGUCCGUAGUUCGUCGUGUGUCUUAUUAUGGCGAGAAGCUGGUAGUUCCGAAGUACUCUUGAAGGAGCUCGGAUGUGGACUUCCUCGGGUAUAUAUAUACCUUUUGGGCAACACUCGAGCAGCAAACCUCACGAACCGACGCUGGAUGCUCUUCUGUUGAUGGACGGCGUAAUGCUUGGCGUAAUGCGGCGCCCACACCGGUACGGCGUACUCCAACGCAAUGCGAACCAACGGGAAAUACAGCGUUUUAAGGACCCUUACGUCGGUGAAACCAGCAGCAUUUCCUCGAAGGAAACCGAGCAUAGCGUACGAUUAGGCCACGGAGAUGGAGACGUGCUGGUUGAAUUCCAUCUAGCAGUCAAUCGUGACGCCCAAGACAACGAUGGAGUGAACGCGUUCGAUAGUGGAUCGGCCCAUGUUGAACUCUGCAAGAUUUGGACUCCGAAUCCUGUGGAACGAGAUCAGCUUGCACUUUUUCUCGUUCACUUCCAAUCCGUUCUGAACGCACCAGCGAAGCAGCACGUUGAUGUCUUCCUGAAGAGCACGGACAUCGUCAGAAUAGCCAAUUCGCUGGAAAAUUUUAAGUUCUUUAGAUAACUUGUGAAGAAUACAUAUAAUCUACGUCUUUAUU